AUGUCUGCUACGGUCAUGAAGACGGGCGAGAAGCCUGCUGCGAGCGCGGUCGUGGAUCCUGCAGAGCCGCACAACAAGCCCAAGUACUACCGAGGAUUUGUUGCGGGCGUGUUCAGCGGCAUUGCGAAGCUCUCAGGUGAGCAGAGAAUUACGGUCAGGAAGGAGGGAGUGAGUGGACUAUACAAGGGUGCUUCACCGCCGUUGGUGGGAUGGAUGUUCAUGGACUCGAUCAUGCUCGGCUCCCUCAGCGUAUACCGCCGCGUCCUCAACGACAACUUCUUCAACCCUCGAACAUCGUAUCGCGGCGAGCAAGGCAAACUCCCUGUGAUCGGGCACGCUGCAGCAGGAACACUCGCGGGCUGGACAGUGUCGUUCAUCGCCGCACCCGUCGAGCACGUCAAGGCACGCCUGCAAAUACAGUACGCGGCCAACAAGUCGCAGCGACUGUACAGCGGGCCAAUUGACUGCCUGUCGAAGAUAUAUCGGGGUCACGGCUUCCGCGGAGUGUACCACGGCCUCAGCGCCACACUCCUUUUCCGCACGUUCUUCUGCUUCUGGUGGGGCACGUACGACCUCUUCACACGGCAAUUGCAAAAGCACACGAACCUCUCGACGCCGGCGGUGAACUUCUGGGCCGGGGCGUAUAAUGACCGACCCUCUCGGACCGGAAAGAAGGUUCCCAAGGUGGAGAGAUGCGGCGAGGACGGUGUAUAG